AAUUUAGGUGAUAAGUUCUUAUCCUCUCUAAUCUUCCAUCAGAAAACUAAAAGACGUCACAGCUCACAACCGAUACCGAUCGGCCGUUGAGCCUGGACGUCCUCGUCCACCGUUCGAUCCGAGACGCAGCGGAUCCCAUCCGUCCAUACCACCACCGGCUUCCCUCUCCCCCUUUUCCAUUUCAAUCGUUGUUCUCCUUCUCUCUUCCUUCCCCCUGAGAGCAGCGGAGAGGAACCCAAUCGAGAUCGGUCGCUGCUUGCCUCCUCUUCCCCUGUCAUAAUACUUCGUGUAACAUGGACGGAGCUCCGGCGAACGACUUCCCGGUAGCGCUAACGCACGGCGGCCGGUAUUUGCAGUACAACAUCUUCGGCAAUCUGUUCGAGAUUACAUCGAAGUAUCGCCCGCCGAUUAUGCCGAUCGGGAGAGGCGCAUACGGGAUCGUCUGUUCGGUGAUGAAUUCAGAAACUGGGGAGAUGGUCGCCAUCAAGAAAAUUGCCAACGCCUUCGACAACCACAUGGACGCGAAGCGAACGCUACGGGAGAUCAAGCUCCUCAGGCACUUGGACCAUGAGAACGUUAUUGGAAUUAGGGAUGUGAUUCCCCCACCGAUUCCUCAAGCAUUUAAUGAUGUCUAUAUCGCCACCGAGCUCAUGGAUACCGACCUUCAUCAUAUAAUCCGUUCUAAUCAACAAUUAUCGGAGGAGCAUUGUCAGUACUUUUUGUAUCAGAUUCUUCGUGGAUUGAAAUACAUACAUUCAGCGAAAGUUAUUCAUCGAGAUCUGAAGCCGAGCAAUCUUCUGCUGAAUGCAAACUGUGAUCUUAAGAUCUGUGAUUUCGGUCUCGCCCGCCCUGCUUCUGAGAAUGAGAUCAUGACGGAGUACGUGGUGACCAGAUGGUACAGAGCGCCUGAGUUGCUGCUGAACUCGACAGACUACACUGCAGCCAUCGAUGCGUGGUCCGUGGGUUGCAUCUUCAUGGAGCUGAUGAACAGGCAAACCCUGUUCCCGGGAAGGGAUCACAUGCACCAGAUGCGUUUGAUAACGGAGAUUAUUGGCACUCCAACGGAACCCGAGCUUGGAUUUCUUCGGAGUGAAGAUGCAAGAAGGUACAUGAGGCAUCUCCCUCGGUAUCCUCCUCGGUCGUUCGUAGGUCUAUACCCGCAUAUCAAUCCAGUUGCCAUUGAUCUCGUUGAAAGAAUGCUCACAUUUGAUCCCACCAGGAGAAUUACAGUCGAAGAAGCAUUGGAUCAUCCAUACCUCGAGAGAUUGCAUGAUGUUGCCGAUGAACCCACUUGCAUGGACCCUUUCUCCUUUGAUUUUGAGCAACAUGCCCUCACGGAAGAGCAGAUGAAGGAGCUGAUACACAGAGAGUCUAUAGCGUUCAAUCCAGACUACAAGUGCUGAGGGAAAUCGGUUCAUUUGAAAUUUGUCAUCAGCUGGUGCUGUGUAUACUACAAAGCAUGAAGAAUUGGUGAUGUGAAUCUAUUUUUUGCAUUCUUUAUGUUGCAUUAGUGUCUGGUUGUAUGUAUGAAGAAUUGUUACUGUGUUUCUCUGCUGACUGAUUUUUUUGUCUGGGCAAAGAUCCAUGAGAUCACCUCUGUAUCUUUUAGCCAUUUUUAUUCUGUUCCUGUUCUGAUGCCUCU